AUGAUCAUCUACAAUUUGACCUUUGUGGCCGGCAUCUCAAAUCCUUAUGCAGAACCAGAAUCAGGAAAUGGAACUGAGUCCAAAAUAGACAGGAAUGAAGUGCCAGACAAGGAGGAGAUUAUUGACCCAGACAAAGGCCCCUGCACUCUGGUCACUGUUUUGUUGCAGUACUUCCUGUUGGCCACCUUCUCUUUUAACACACUGUAUGCUGCUGACCUGCUCAUGAUGCUGAGGAGACGCUCGGGCCAUUUCACCAUGAUUUAUAUGAUAGCAGGCUGGGGAUUCCCUGCUGUCAUGGUGGCCCUAUCUCUGGCAGUGUCCUACAGGGUAGACAACCCACUGGGCUAUCGACGACAUGAAGCAUGUUGGCUAGCUGCUACUGAUGACAAAGAAAAUUUUGACUUCAAGAAGCCAAUGCUUUGGGGAUUUCUGGUGCCGAUAACAGCAAUGCUCCUUUUCAACACAUCCGUAAUGAUAUACUUUGCAUAUCUAUCCUUCAGGCAGCCCUUUUUCAACAGUUCUAAGAAUGCUGCUUUGAAGAAGAAACUUCUGAGUAACUUCUCUCUGGGAAUAGUGCUGGGAUUGUCCUGGUUUCUGGGAUACCUGGUCCUUGCCUCCUCCUCCUCAGAUGGAUUUUACAUCUUCCUCAACUUUGCGUUCUGUCUGCUGGUCUCCACACAGGGCGUGCAGAUUUUCAUUUUGUUCACGGCAAGAUCAACCCUCUUCAGGAGGACCACAUCCCAUGCUGUUAAGUCCAUCUCAGAAAUCUCGAUUCACAGAAGCACGUACAAAAUCUCGAAAAGGAAGAACAGUAGCACCACAAACACAGAUCCAAAUGAGGUGGCAGAUAAUGCUUAUGGGUUUUUCACCAGAUCUAGUGAAUCAAGCAUCUGA